AUGGACAGCAGCCAAAUGACGAUGCCUCAAACGAAGCCACUUGGCCGUCCACGCCUCAAACAAGGCCCCACCAAACCUUCGAAGACGUACCACAAUGUCCACGUGUCGUUCACGAUCAAGCAGGCAGUCAUCGAGACCUUUGACGACGUUGGGACCGCGGCGACACUUGCUAAGCACUUCUCCCAUCACAGUGGUGCCAAGUCGGGCUCUACGCGUAAGAUGUACUCUUGGCUUCAACAGCGUGCUCACAUUAGGUCUAAAGCAUCAAAUCCGAAGACGUCGCGUCACCUCUGUUCACGAGCGAUUGGCAUGGCGACACCUCUACCGAAGGAGUCCGAGGAGCAGCUUGCUCAAUGGGUCAACUCAAUGCGCACUGACGGUGUUCCGGUGACCCCUCGAAUGAUCCAAGUCAUGGCCUUGGGGAUGGCAAUUGACGUCGGAUUGUACGAAUGCACCUUCACCACAAGCUGGUCAUGGCUCCAAGGCUUCAAGAAACGAUACGUCGUCAAAGGUCUCGAUGACUGCCAGCUUGAUCGCGAACGACACGUGUACAUUGCGUCAUGGCUCCAAGGCUUCAAGAAGCGAUACAAGUUUGCCCUGCGUGCUCGGACUCGUACCGGGCAAGAUACUCAAGGCGACGGUGCAAAGGCACUGGACGCGGAUCGUGUUGUGUUUCCCAGGUGGUCCGCGACAACAGCGUCGACGUCAUCUAAACACGGAUCAGAAGGGCGUCAACUAUGA